AUGACUCUUUCAUUUGAUGCCGCACCGGACUAUAGAGAAUACCACUCAUCGACUCGACGAUCCAAGACUAGCUUACACCACACGGCAGCCAUUCUUGACUCUCGCUCGUCCAACAGAGUCAGGAACUUGGCGAUUUCCAGUGCAUCGCAGAAGGAACCAGAACGGCACCACCGUCGAGGUCUGAACGCCGCCAAGCGCAAAAGAGGGAUCGACCGUUUGGAGGACUCCAUUCUCCUCGCCGAGUUUCCUCAGUUUUCAGAUACCGAAGACGAGUCGAAUCAAGGGCAAGUGAAGAGAAGGAAACAACAGAGCACGCCCUUGUUUGUCGCUGGAGACGGCAACUUCACAUCGAAGCCCGGUCGGCCCAUCCGACAUUUGCAGUUCUUCAAGAAGCUGAAGACCAAGUUGGUUGCCUUGGGGGCUCGUGACCCAGACGAAGAGAUUAUUCGGACGACAACAGGGGCAGCAGCAGUAACAGGAGGAGGCACUCUCGCUCAAGGUCGCCGAGGGGUCGGUCAUCUAAAGGGGCAAGAUCCAGAUCCAUAUCUCCUCCAUCAGGAGGAUCCUAUUCACGCAGACCCCAUUCUCGCUCCCGUUCACGCUCACGAUCGCCUCGCGGAAGAUUUGAUCGACCACAAGGAGGAAACGCAAGGUGGCGGUGGCGGCCGUCGUGGAGGCGGUCCUCGCCACGAGUCGACCUUUCGAAGCGGACCACCAGGCGGUGGAUCAGGAAAGCCAGACGUCUGGGGUUCCAAGAUGGCAGCAGCAGACGAGGAAGAGCGGAAAAAGAAACCUGUCAUUGCUGAGGAGGACAAGGAGAAGCCCAACUUUGGACUCUCUGGGUCACUAGCGGCUGAGACAAACACGACAGCGAAUGGAACCGUUCUCAAGUACAACGAACCUCCAGAGGCACGGAAACCAGCUCAGAAGUGGAGACUCUACGUCUUCAAAGGCGACAAGGAGAUCGAUUUGCUCCAUAUUCACCGCCAAAGCGCAUUCUUGUUUGGGCGGGAUCGAAAUGUUGUGGAUGUUCCUAUCGAGCACCCGUCCUGUUCUAAGCAGCACGCUGUCCUGCAGUUCCGGCAGAUAGUUGAAACGGAUGCCUUGGGACAGACCAAGCGAACCACAAAGCCUUUCAUUAUCGACCUAGAGUCUGCAAAUGGAACUUUUGUCAAUGGCACCAAGAUCCCACCCACGCGCUACUAUGAACUCAAGCUCUCAGAUGUACUCAAAUUUGGCGCUAGCACACGCGAGUUUGUUCUUUUACAUGAAAGUGCCGAAUCGUAA